CAUAACACGAAAGACGCGGUGUGCGGCUGCUUUGAUCAAGAUGGGCUCGCUGUUUUGAGCCAAAAUGAGACCGUUAUGCUUAAUGUUAACGUGCGCGGCUAUGGCCACCGGUGUAGUGACGAUGGUGAUGCUCGUCUACUUUCUCCUUUUCUCCACGGGCGCCCCGGUUGAAGACUCGAGCUCAGCCAUGUCCAUUUAUGACUUCUCAGCCACCGACAUUGAUGGCAACGUGGUCUCUCUAGAAAAAUACAGGGGCAACGUGGUCAUCAUCACCAACGUGGCCUCCAAAUGAGGCAAAACGCCCGUAAACUACUCUCAGUUUGCAGAUAUGCACGCCAAGUACGCUGAGAGAGGUUUACGCAUCCUCGCUUUCCCUUCCAACCAGUUUGCCAAUCAGGAGCCAGGCACUAACGCUGAAAUCAAGCAGUUUGCGGAGUCGUACAACGCUCGCUUCGACAUGUUCAGCAAGAUCGAUGUCAACGGUGCCAAUGCUCACCCGCUGUGGAAGUGGUUGAAGGAGCAGCCCAACGGCCAGGGAUUCAUGGGAAAUAGCAUCAAGUGGAAUUUCACAAAGUUCUUGAUCAACAAAGAGGGUCAGGUGGUGAAACGAUAUGGACCCAUGGAUGAUCCAAGUGUGAUUGAGGAGGAUCUAACUCCAUAUCUGACCGCCUAAAUGAUCAAUACAUUACCAUUAUGCCAGAAUGUGCCUUGUUUUCUCUGAGCGUUGACGGACGAGGGUUCACCUCGACCCCCGGACGUGUGACGAUCUGUUCUUAAAACCGCCUGACGGAAAGGACAGACCCGAUGCAACUGGCGUGCAAACCUGCCGGGGGUGAUUGUUGAGCUUUUGUUUGUUUUGUGGCUCGGGGAGAGAAGGCACAUGGCAAAAAGAUGACAUUUAGGUUUUACAUAAUAACACUGGAAUUGAUCCUCAAGUGUGAGGAGAAGCACUUCCUAAUCAAACUAAAAGUACACCCACUGGAUAUAUCCCAUUGAAGACUGUUGACUGACAUGUAUGUACAUCAUUGUG